UUGUAUAAGUUGUGAAAUGCAUUCAUAGUGUUUGGAUUUAGAAGAUAUUAUCUGGAUACUUUAUUUUUUUCUCAAGCUUUUACUGAUGGAUUUCAGGCUCAUCCUGUUUGGGCUCACAGGUGCCCUGCUCAGUGUUGCCUGUGCCCAAAGCCAUCAGUACUACUUUGUGAAUACUUCACUUAAUUGGACAGAAGCUCAGAGCGUCUGCAGACGGGACUACACUGAUCUGGCCACCAUUGAAAGCUCAGCUGAUGUUGAUGAUUUUUUAAGGACCACCUCCAAUAAUACAGGCAAGGCCUGGAUAGGUCUUUAUGAUGACACAAUAAACAGCUGGAAAUGGUCCCUAAAUGACAGCAGCUUCUACAGUCCUGGAGAAUAUUCAUUUAGGGACUGGGGACCUGGCCAACCUGAUAAUAAUUUUGGACAACAGCAUUGUGUUAGAUUUUACAGUUCUAGUUAUCUCUCUCUGGGCCAAUGGGAUGAUAUUGGGUGCACAGAGACAAUGCAAUUUGUGUGCUAUAAUGGUACAGUAGGUGGAUCACCAUCCUAUGUUUUGAGUAACAUUUCACUAAACUGGACAGAAGCUCAGAAAUUCUGCCGUGCCAAUUAUGUUGACCUGGCCAGUGUACGAAAUCAGACAGAAAAUGAAAUCAUCAGAACCCUAAUAGGUGCCAGCAAUGUUUGGAUUGGACUGUAUCGGGAAAAGCUGUGGUCUGAUGGAAGCACCUCUCUGUUUCGAAACUGGGCGGAUGGCGAACCCAAUGAGCCCUCUGGGGAUCAGUGUGUUGCUGGAUCAUUUAGUGACUCUGGAAGAUGGUCGGAUGAAGAUUGCAGCCUGAGUUUGCCAUUUGUCUGCUACAAACCAAUCCCACCAAAUGCAGAAGGCUUUACAGCUUCAUCACAAAAUGAGAGCAGCAUCACUCUGCAGUGGAAUAAAAUCAACAUCAACACCAGCUUUGUUCUCCAGUUUAAUGGUGUGGAAACAUUCAUCAAUGCACCAGAUGGAGAUGGACCAGUGACUCACACAGUCUCAUCUCUCACUCCUGGAACAAACUAUACAUUCACUCUCUUCUCUGUUCUUGACAAUGUCAGGAGCAGCGGAGUCAGUAUUACUGCAUUUACUGCCUAGGCGCAAAUUCAAACUGGAAG